UUGCUGCUCUGUAUCCCUCCAUCGGGGUCCCAACUGCACGGAUCUAUGCUGACGGAACUGUGUUGUGCAACUUUAAUGUUGCUGUCUACAGUUUCUGACCCUAAGGUCGACGAGGAAUUGGUACCCAUAGUAAACGUCCUGCGGUCCGAUUGGCUCGAAAAGAAUAGCAAAGUUGUUCUGUAUGCUGUUGCAGCAAUGUGGUGCUUGGCCCGAGAUGAAACAAACCGGAGGGCCCUUGGAAGAUUAGGGGCUUUGCAGGUUCUUGUUGAACUCGGCGGGAAGGUUUUGCAGAAGCUCGUCACUGCUCAGCAAGAGGACGAACGUAUUCUCAGCAUCAUGGUAAUAUAAUCCUAGUCUCCUAGACUAUUUUCCUAUUUCAGACUUUUAUUUCUUUUUCUUUGAAAUUCUUGUCUUGUUUUUUUUUAUCAUUAUCUUACAGUUUACAUAGAAUCAGCAGAAGUUCAUCAUCAUCAUCAUCAUCAUCAUCGUCAUCAUCAUCGUCAUCAUCAUAUGAGGGACGCUGAGCCCGGUUCUCAGCAUGUUCGGUUCGGUCACUCCGGGUAGACUGUGAGGACCCCGGCCUCAGUCU